ACUGGGGGCGGCUCCGGCGAGCCCGCCCCGCCGCCGGGGGGCGGCGGGGCCUCCUCUGACCAGAUCAUGGAGACGGGGGCGAUCCUGCUGCGGGCGUUCGUGAAGGACCGCGUGGAGCGCUGCGGGGACCCCCAGGCCGUGGCCCUGAGCAUGGCUGCGCUGGGCGAGCCCCAGCCCAGCAGCCCCGACACCAAACGCCUCAGCGAGUGCCUCCGGCGCAUUGGCGACGAGCUCGACAGCAACAUGGAGCUGCAGAGGAUGAUCGAGCAGGUGGGCUGUGAUGCCCCCAAAAAGCUGUUCUUCCGCGUGGCCAAGGAGAUGUUCGCUGACCGCACCUUCAACUGGGGCCGCGUGGUUGCCCUGUUCUACUUCGCCUGCAAGCUGGUGCUGAAGGCCCUCUGCACCAAGGUCCCGGAGCUGGUCCAGACCAUCCUGCGCUGGACCCUGGAGUAUCUCCAGGAGAACGUGCUGGCCUGGAUCCAGGCCCAGGGCGGAUGGGAAGGGCUCCUGUCCCAUUUUGGGACCCCCACCUGGCAGACCAUCACCAUCUUCGCCGCCGGCGUCCUCACGGCCUCGCUGACCAUCUGGAAGAUGUCGUAGACUCUCGGGGAGACCACAUUUUGUCCCCCGCCCCCCCCCCAACCCCCGGGACCCCUCCCCGGACUGGCCCUGCCGGCAGGGAUGGUGCUCACCCCCCCGUGCCUUCUGGGGCCGGAGGGGGUUUUUAAC